CAGACACCGGGAGACCCAAAGCCCACUCACCGCCCGGCUGAUUCCCCCCGAAUUCUGCCGCCGAAAAAUGCACCUCGCGCGAGCACCGUCUUCUUCCCACCAGAACAAACAACCACCCUUUUUAAACCCACUGCUCAAUUAAAGCCCUCCUUCUACAACACCAAACCGGAGAGAAGCGAAGCGACAACAGCAGCAGCACCGCCAGCACACACCUUCCAAAAUGGCGUCCACAGCGCCAUCCCUCACCCUCCCCCCCUCACAAUUCGCCCGCCUUCAACCUCACGCUUACCUCCUCGCCCACCUCUCGCCCCCCGCAUCAAGCAACCAGCCCUCCAUCCGAGCCAACGGCCGCGCGCCCUCGCAGUUCCGGACCACCUACGCCAACACCGGCUCCCUCACGCACACCAACGGCAGCGCGGUCGUCCGCGUGGGCGACACGACCGCCGUCUGCGGCGUGCGCGCCGAGAUCCUCCCCACCGACGACAUUGCCUCGUGGAGCGUGUCGCACUCUUCUUCCUCCAACACCAACAAGCGCCGGAAGAUCAUCAAGUCCGAAAACGAAGAGGAGGAGGAAGAAGAAGAAGAAGAAGAAGAAGACCCGAACGAAGAAUCGCACAUCCAAGACCUCAACCUCCUCGUCCCGAACCUCUCCCUCAGCACGGGUUGCGCCCCGGGGUUCAUCCCCGGCGCGCCGCCCUCCGCCCUGGCGCAGUCGCUAUCGCACCAGAUCCUGAACCUGCUGCACACUACGCGGCUAGUCCGGGCGGAGGAUCUGCGGGUGUGGUACCAGCCGCCCAGUCUAGGCGGGGAGGAGCUGGAGCGGCAUAAUGCGGAGGAGCAGAUGGAUGUGGAUGUGGACGAGGCAGCAAGGAAAGACGGCGAGGUCAAGGCGUUCUGGGUCCUGUAUAUCGAUAUCAUGAUUGUGUCGAUGGCGGGGAAUCCGUUCGACGCGGCGUGGGCGGCGGUGUUAGCGGCGUUGCGUGAUACCAAGCUGCCGCGGGCGUGGUGGGACGUCGACAAUGAGAUGGUGGUGUGUUCGGAUGUGGUGGGCGAGGCGCGCAAGUUGACCCUGCGGGGAUUGCCGGUUGCGAGCUCGUUCGCGGUGUUUGAGGCGGAUGCGGCGGCGGGGUGGAGGGCCGUUAUUGUGCCUGAUGCGGAGGAGGAGAGGCUGAUUGAGGAGGGUGAUAGGAAGGGGAUUCAGCGCAGGUGGGUGCUUGCGGACCCGGAUGGGUAUGAGGAGGGAUUGAGCCAGGAGAGGGCGUGUGUGGUUGUGGAUAAGGUGCGGGGGAAGACGGUGAUUGUGAAGAUGGAGAAGAAUGGGGGGUGGGCGUUGGAUGGGAAGGAGUUGAAGGGGUUGGUGGAUGUUUCGGAGAGGAGGUGGGAGGAGGUUAAGACUAUUCUGGAGCAGUGUUGAUGGGAUUGAUAUGAUAUUGGUGUUGU